AUGCAAUCUAUUCGAGCGAUGAACUCACUGAAUCCAGGCAAAGAGCAAAUGACCGAUCUUGAAGUACAAUAUCCACUUGGCCCAGUUAUCAUAAUCACGCCCCCAUUUGAAGAAUCACCAAUCGAUAAUCAUUUGGGAAUAAACCCAAUGACCUUGAACACGCUAUACACUGUCCAAUGCAGUCUG